CGUGCCGGUAAUAAGACGGAAUGCGAAGAGUGGUGGUGCUGGUAACAUUGGAUAUACAGGGCACGACGGCCUAAUCGGCUGACUGACUAGCUGCAUGUGUUUACCUCCCCAAAUCGUCCAUCCGUCCAUCUAUCUCCCAAUUCUGGCUCGGUGCGCCUCCCAAUGCAUGCCCACACACUCUCCUAAAUCGGAUCAACAGUUGUACACGUUUCUUCGCUUGCUCUUUGCCUAUCGCGCGUAGACUUUGGCAGUGUUGCUUCGUGAGCGCCGUUGACCCGCCCAAACCGUCCACCUCCUUCGCGCGUCAGUGCCUCACCCCUCAAGACCACGACCACGACGCGUGCUGCUGCCUUGCCCGUCCGCUGUCAUGGCCGAGCGCGAUCUAUCCCCAACUUCGACAUCCUCUACACUUUCCAACAUCACGGUGCGAACUGACAAGCAAGGCGAUGCUCGCGCCACGUCCAGCGCGUCGCCUUCCAUCUCGACGCCACCUACCAGCCUCGGCGACGAAGCCAGCGUCAUGUCCGAGAUGACGAAGAUCGAACAAGCCGUCGAAGUGUACGAGGACGCUCCGGGCCUCCAAAUGCUCGGCGAGACCUCAGCGCCCGCGCAAACCACCACGCACGACGCCGUCAACAUCGAGGCCCGCCGCCCUGCUAGGAGCUCGCGCAAGUCCGUCGCCACGUACAACGUGCAGAUUCUCGCCGGAACUGCAAUUCACACGCCGACCAAAUACCUUGAGAAGCACCACAAGAAUGUCGUGCACGGCUCACUUGAGGAGCUCGCGAGGAAGGAGAAAGCCACACCCAUGCGAAAGAAGAUGCUGAAGCGGAAGUCUGAGAUGACUGAUGCCAGCGACCAGGUCGAGGAUCAGCUGGCUGCCGAAGCCGCCCAGGCGGCACGACGUCGCACCUCCUCGCGCGUGACGGACCUUCGUAAGGAGGUCCUCCGCAAAAGCGGUGUCGGCGACACCGUCGCAAGCAUGUACUCAGGAGGAAAGGCUUUCGUCAAAAGCACUUUACGGCGUAGUACUUCAGAACCAUCCUUCAAAUCCGGCCAAUCAGCUUCCUCCGCGGCUUCUCUCAAGCGGUCUCGCGCUGCCCUGGAGGAUGGAGACGCAGAUAGCCAAGACCAGGAAGAAAAGAUCUUCUCGAAGCCCAAGUCGAAAGUCUGGCUUAAGCAAGGUUUGUAUGUUGGCCAGGACCGCGACUUUGAUCCUCGUCUCUCAGAAAGCCAGAACCGUGCGAAGAAGAGGGUGAAGAAACCAUGGCAGGCCUCCAUCUUGCCCCUCCCAAUCUUUGCCUGCGAGCGUCUAUUGAACGAGGACCCCAAACAUGUAUUCCGCGAUUUCAAGUUGCCAUUCGAUACUUACAGUCCUCUACCCAGAAAGGUUAAGGUCGACGGUUGGGUCAAACUUAACAAAAAUAGGUUCAUCGGCGACGCAUCUGCGCUGUGGAAACGCGACAAGCAAGACUCCUCUCAAUGCUAUUGCGAUGAAGAGGAUGGCUGUGGAGAGUCCUGUCACAAUCGGAUCAUGGCGUAUGAAUGUGACAAUACCAACUGUCCACUGCCUCCGGAACUAUGUAACAAUCGGCCAUUCGCAGAGCUCAAGAAGCGUGCAAAAGGCAACCGUUAUGACUAUGGUGUGGAAGUUCUCGAUACAAAAGACCGAGGGUUCGGUGUUCGUGCUAUGCGAACGUUCGAGCCACACCAGAUCAUCGUAGAGUAUGCUGGAGAGAUCAUCACCCAGUCUGAAUGCGAGCGGCGCAUGAAACAGGUCUACAAGAAAGACAAGUGCUAUUAUCUCAUGAGCUUCGACAACAAAAUGAUCAUCGAUGCGACUCGUGGGACUAUUGCUCGAUUCGUCAAUCACUCGUGUGAACCCAACUGCGAGAUGAUCAAGUGGACUGUGGGUGGAGAGCCUCGCAUGGCGCUGUUCGCCGGUCCCCGCGGCAUCAUGACUGGCGAUGAGCUCACCUACGAUUACAAUUUUGAUCCGUUUUCUCAAAAAAACAUUCAGGAAUGCCGCUGUGGUACUGAAUCAUGCCGUGGGGUCCUCGGUCCCAAGCCAAAGAAACCCAUUGAAGAGAAGUCAAUAGCUUCAGCGCUCAUCACCGGCACGAAACGCAAACUCCAGGAUUUGCUCGGUCCUCGAAGAUCUGGUUCUGAAAGCACCCAAAGCUCCCCCAAGAAGCGCAGGAUGCUUGUAGGCAACUCAGCUAGCGCGAAGGCGAAGAACGCUGUCGCUCGAUCGGAAUCUGCUCGUGAGCAAGCCGAAAGGGAAGCAGAUGCGCUGUCGCGCCAGAACGCAUCUCGCGAAAACCGCGCUCUACAGCGAUCAAAUUCUGGAACUCUUGAUAAACGUACGAGAUCAGCCAAUCUCCGGACGGCCAAGCCAUUCACAGUCAAAUCUACCCGACACACAACCGUCAGCUUUCAAAGGAAGGUUACUAGGCCUGGUGCACUGAAGAAGGUCAAGAAGCCUGCUCGGUCACUGCCAAGUAGAAAGGCACUUCGCCCCCAACGACCAAGCACGCCAAAUCGAGAAACGAGCACUGAGGUACUGGAUUCAGAGGAUAAUGCUUCACCAAACAUAACCCCUGCAUCUUUACGCAGCGCUUCUAAGAAAUCGCCUUAUACAAGCCCUAUUUCACGAGAGCCUCUUGCAAAGGGCGCCGCGACUGCAGUGAAAGACAGUGUUUCACGCAAACCUUCGGUACGGAGCCUACGAGGAAGGUGAUGAACGUGUUAUUAAACUCCAUUGUAUCGUAGCCUUGUUUCAACCCACAUCAUGCGGCAUAGUUCUGCUGAGGGCUAUCUGACUGAAACAGGCUUGUUGGGCUGUUUCCAGUGAUUUCAGAUGUGUAUGUACAGAUAGUCCUUUCCGUUUUCAACAUGGACAAUAGAAAAGAUGGUUUCUUGCGAACAGUAAAUGUUGCGGUGUGAUGUGUCAAUGCUUUUUUCGCAUUUUCGUUGCUACCCAAGUUGUCGUGUUGUAGAGCUCUUCCUGUUGGUGAUAUCUAAAUCAAUCGAGAGAGAUCAAAAUCUGUGAUACACAAACAGCUGUCCAUCGCAGUUUCGAUGGGACUGCAUUAUGCCGUGCUAAACCAAACACGGCGGUAAAGACCACGCUGACACAUUGAGACACGCAUUAGUCACCAGCGCUC